CUCCCCCAUACCCCGGGUCCCCCAUUCCCGAACUGUGAAACUUACCACAUCUUGAAAGACGGUGGAAGGUUGACAAAAAAUAAAUAAAUAAAAAGAGGCCAGUGAUUCCAGAGGUCCAAAGAAGGAUGGCUGCGUCAUUGGGCCGCACUGUUAAGAUGAAAACGAAAAUCGAGCUGUAUUAUGAUGUGAUGUCCCCGUUUUCAUGGUUUGCCUUUGAGGUGUGUUUCAGCUUCAUCCACAGUGCGAAUAUUGUUAUUUUAAAGGUUCUUCACAGGUACAAGCCACACUGGAACAUCGACCUUCAGCUGAAGCCUGUGUUACUGGCGGGCAUCAUAAAGACUAUUGGCACCACUCCUGAGAUGCUGAAGCCCCGAAACUCACACUACCAACAAGAGGACAUCAAACGUUGUGCCAAGUACUUCAACGUUCCCAUGAAGCUAAAUGAUAGUGUAUAUGAGUCAGUAAUUGGAAGAGGCACACUCAUGCCUUGCCGUUUCCUGACGGCUAUUGACCUGCUUCACCCAAGCCUCCUAGAAAAUGCCAGUCGUGAAUUGUGGAAGUCUGCUUGGAGUAAGCAUGAAGAUAUUUUGUCAGCUGAAGUGUUGGGAUCAGCAGGAUUGGCAGCAGGUCUGACACCUGAGGCACUUGCUGAGGUGAAGGAACAGAUGAGUCAGCCAGCCACCAAGGAGCGGCUAAAGGCUUACACAGAUGAAGCUGUGGAGCACGGGGCCUUUGGUGUGCCAACAGUAGUGACUCAUGCCGGGGCCAAGCCUCAGCUCUUCUUUGGCUCGGACAGGUUUCACUUGAUAGCACGGGAAAUAAAUGAAACCUGGAUGGGGCCAGAGCCAGAUGCAGUCUGUACAAAGCUCUGAUAAGGACAUGCAGAGUGAAUAUAUGUUGUAUGAACACAUGUAUUGACUAAGAUUUAUCAAAGCUUUGUGUGAGCUCUUUGUAAUAUGAUGUACAGCAUAAUGAAAAUGUAUAUUUCUACUUA